AUGUGGCGCAAGCGUCGCGGCUCGCUGAAUGGUGGCAACAACAACAACAGCAGCAGCAGCAAUAGCAGCAGCUUUGGCUACAGCAACACCAGUCACAACCCUAACGUUGCGCGCGAGUCCCCAAACUUGAUGACAUCUGCGUCGCUCGCGACUACGCCGUCGUUUUCGUCCAUGUCGGUGGCCAGCAGCAGUCCCUUCUUGGGCAGCGAUCCGAAUGCGAACGACCGUGCGCUUGUGUUUUGCCUGGAAGUGCCGACGCCAGGACCUCUCGGUCUCGACCUGCGGGCGCGACACAUUGAACGGGACAAACCUCAGCGCGGAGCUGUAGUCAAGGGGUUCCGGCCAACGCAGGGAGGAAAGCCCGGCUAUGUCGAGUCGACAGGACGCGUCAAGACGGGCGAUAUCCUGCAGAUGCUCCAUAAGACAGCAAUUGAUGACAUGCCGUUUGAGCAAAUUGUCAAGUACGCGAUACAGCUGCAAAAAGAUCCGACGGCGUGGCCGUUAUUGAUGGAAUUCCGGCGCGAGUCGGAGAGACUCGAGAGCAGCAGUUACGUGGCUCCGUCGUCGUCGUCGUCAAAGCCACGACGCAACAGCUUCUUUCGCUCGUCCAUUUCCAUGUCAAAUCCUGUCCAGGAUGGAAACUUUAACGAGAAACUGCAGUACUUUCGAGGCUUCUUUGCUACAAGGAUCCCUACUGGUGGUACGGCACCGAGGGAGAAAGAAAAGCCGCCUAAGCCGCAGAGAUGGGAAACCGUAGACGAGAUGUACCGCGAGUUGAUGUCGAAGCGCGGAGUGCCCGAAGACGUCAUGGACGAGCUCGUUCGUAUCGAGUCACUGGAAACGAAGUGGCAUGUUGUCUGGUACGCCCAGCAAAAUGAGAAUGAAGACAAUACAAAGUCGAACGCAACAGAGGCAAAGAGAUUUGCUGAGAACCUGGUGGAAUUGAGGUGGGACAACAAGGGUCUGAAGGACCUCGAGGCGCUUCGCGGCAAGAUAUCGAUUGCAUCGACCGACUGGCUAGAGUCUUUCCUGGCUCAUUUCGGUUUGGACUACCUGACGAUGAAGCUUCCUGAUCCGUCCCCGUUUCCCAUUGAGCACUCCAAGUACGAGAAAGCAACGCGCGUGUGCGAGGUGAUUUUGCGGAUAUUGCGCUCACUGACUCAUUUUACGGCUGGAGUAGAAGCAAUAACCAACACACCUGGACUAGUUAAGCGGGUGGCUCUUUGCUUCCAUACGGAGAAUGGGGACGUGAAAAAGUACACACUACAGCUACUCGGAAUCGUGUGCUACAACAGUGCGGCGGGGCACACCGCUGUUAUUGAAGCGUUCGACCAUUACAAGGAAACGAAAGGCGAGAACAUCCGCUUCAGUUGUUUGCGAGAUGCGCUCAAGUCAACGAGAUACUCGCUGGUGUUCAAGGAAGACGUGUUGAGCUUUGUGAAUAUCAUUGUGAACAAAGCUAUUCGACUGGAAGAUCGGCUAGCGAUUCGUUCCGACUUUAUGGCGCUGAAGAUGGCUGGUUACUUUGAAGAAAUUCGGGCCAAAUCGCUUGCUGUGCAGCGUACAAAGUAUCCUCUUGCUACUUCUGCUACUGUCGCGUCGGUGGAGGAAGGUUUUUACGGCAUUCCGUCUCCAGUGCCCGGUUUUCCAGCGACUCCUUCGCCGUUGGUCAGCAGACACGUUGCAAGGAACACUACGUCACCAGUUCUAAGCAGCCGGUCCUCCGAAUCACCAGUCGCUGGGCGAGGAGUGUGUCCAGGAACCCCUGUGUCCAAACUAGACUCCUUGAAGUCCCUCGGUGGACGGCGGUUGUCUGCACGUAAAUGCAAGGACGAUGCGCGUCUUUUGGCAAGUAGAAGCGCGCCGCCAUCCCCCGUUGACCGAGAGCCAGCGUCCCUUUCUCCCGAUGGUACAAUAGUGCGCUCUUCGCUUCCUCUGGACAACAAAGGCACGCACCGGUUCGGAAAUGGAGGCAAUAGCAUCAUCAGUAGCUCCGUGACGCAGCUCCGGAAUCAGCUUGAUAACAUGGAGAAACAAAUUGAUGUGUUUGAGCAGUUUAUGGAAGAUGACCGGAAGGACACGAUUUAUGAGCAGACCGACCUGUCCUCGGUGGACAGUGUAUAUCGGUCUCUAUUCGACAGCAUGACGAACGAACCUGAGCUACAGGCAUGUUUUCUGUCGAUUCUACAGCAAUUGCUUUUUGUUCCGGGCGACCGCGUGAUUGGGAAAGAGAUGUGGGCAAUGUCAGAGAAAGUGAUAAAACAGAUUACGUUAUUAGCUCCCGUCGAGGAAGUACGCAAUUUUGAUUUGGGAUAUGACGACCGCAAGACGUUGUUGAAGAUGCGUGACCGCUAUGCGCAAUUCCUCCAGAAGUGUGCUGACAGUGAUCCGUCGUUCCACUUUCGUAUGGGUCCGAUCAUUUUGAUUGAGAAUAUGGAUCGGGACCAUGACGAUCUUUCGCUUUCGGAUGUGACAGCAGAUGAAACCGAUGAAGAAGAUGCGCCCUCGACUGUGGCUGCUCACGAGCACCCGGAGCUAGUGAAAUACUUCAAGCUGCUGAAGAUGGGGAUGCCAAUGCAUCAAAUCCAGCUGAAGAUGAGCAGUGAGUUGCAGACAUUCGAUCCAUCGGUUUUGGAAACGCCUGACAAGAUGGUUCCGCUUGCUAGAUCGGACGGAGAAGCUGAGAAAAAGGGAACACGAGCUGAGGAACACGAGAAGUAUGCCAAGUUCUUCAAGUUGAAGAAGAUGGGCAUGCCGAUGCCACAUAUUCACCUGAAGAUGUCCGCAGAGGGACUUGAUUGUUCGAUGUUGGAGACCCCGGACCUGCUUCUCGCUGAUGAUGGCACGGAAGUAAGGAAGAGUAUGAACACGACAGGUCCAGCUGGCAUUCGAGUCAAGGAUCACGAAAAGUUUGCCAAGUUCUUCAAGCUGCUGAAGAUGGGAAUGCCUCUUGAGCAAGUCCAGCUGAAGGCAUCGUCCGAGGGCUUGGAUGCAUCUUUGUUGAGCACGCCCGAUCAGCUUGUGGACAAAGAAGGCAAUUUGUUUGUGCUUGGACAAGUGGAGCAGCCGUCACGAGGGAUUCCUGUGAAAGAGCACGAGAAAUACGUCAAGUUUUUCAAGUUAAUGAAGAUGGGUAUGCCGCUGGAACAGGUGAAGCUGAAGGCGUCCGCAGAGGGAUUGGAUGGCGAGUUGCUUUCUACCCCAGAUGCUUUACUGACGAAAGAUGGAAGCAAGCUUGUUGAGGCAAUAGUUGUGAAAGGCGUUCCUGUGAAAGAGCACGAAAAGUUUGCUAAGUUUUUCAAGCUGCUGAAGAUGGGGAUGCCGCUUGAACAUGUCAAAGUGAAAGCAUCUGCUGAAGGUUUGGAUGGCGAAUUGCUUUACACACCCGACAAGCUGGUUGACGAGGACGGAAAGGAAGUGCAGAGUGUGACGCCCGUCGUGCAGAGCGUACCUGUAAAAGAGCACGAGAAGUUUGUUAAAUUUUUCAAGCUGAAGAACAUGGGUAUGCCGCUGUCCCAGAUUAAGCUGAAGGCAAUAUCGGAAGGACUGGACGGCGAUCUUCUCGACACGCCGGACAAGUUGGUAGGUAAAGAUGGAAAGGAAACGAAAGUAGGUGAUGAGAAGAUGGUGAAGGUAUCGGAUCACUCGUGCUACGUCAAGUAUUUUAAGUUAUUGAAGAUGGGCAUGCCGCGUCCACAGGUGGAGCUGAAAAUGAGCGCGGAGUCGCUAGACCCAAAAUUAUUAGACACACCGGAUGCAAUGAUCUCGGAGAACUCGUUCACUGCAUCCGCAGCGGCAGAGGCGAAACCCGUCAUGGUGGGUGCUCCGAAACCUAAGCUUCGGAACUUGUACUGGGAGGCAGUGAAAAGCGAGGAGACUGCCGGCACGAUUUGGGAAAAGUUUGCAAGGGAAGACGAAGAGAAAAAGAAGUAUGAACUCGGAGCGCCAGCGGGUCCUCCGAGCGUUGUGGGUCUGUUUGCAGCGCGAGCAAGGUCACAGAAGCCUGAGUCUACAGCAGCGAAGAAGGACAUUGUCAACCAAUACGUUGAUCAGCUAUCUGACAUCUUCGUGAAUAAGCCUCCGAAAGCAAAAGAGUCGGAGGUCAAGAAGCCACUGAAACGGCGAGCACCGACCCGCGUUGCCCUGAUUGACGCCAAGCGCGCGAACAACAUUGGCAUCAUGCUAGCACGAUUCCGGUUGCCGUACUAUAAGCUCCGGAAUGCUGUGCUGCUAGUCGACAAGGGUCUCCUCUCCGUCGAACGUGUGUCUGCACUUCUCCAGUUUGCUCCAGAAGACGAAGAGGUAGAUGCUAUACGGAAUUAUGCUGGUGACCCGAAGCUUCUCGGUGAUGCGGAGCAGUACUUUCGUGAGAUGCUUUGCAUUCCGCGGUUGUCCACCCGGUUGCAAGCGAUCCAUGCGACGUGGCAGUUUGACGCAUACGUGGAAGAGCAGCGCAAGCUCAUGGAGUCUGUUUCGAACGCAUGCCGUGAGUUGCAAGCGUGCGAGCCGUUGAAGGAGAUCUUUCGCGUCGUGCUAUCGCUUGGAAACGCUUUGAAUGAUGGCACGGCGCGCGGCGGGGCGAAGGGUUUCCGUUUGAACAUAUUGCUCAAGCUGAACCAGGUGAAGGCGGCGGAUAAUUCGAUCAAUUUGCUCAAUUACCUCGCCAAGCUGCUGCGAGCGAAAGACCCAGCGAUCCUUGAGUUUGACAAGAGCCUGCCGUCCAUAGAGAGCGCAAGCCGCGUCACCAUGCAGGUGCUAAAAGCCGGUGAAAGCGCAGUGCGCAAGGCCGCGACUCUCAUUUGCAACGAGCUUGAGGUGCAUGCGAAACUGCCAGAGAAGGAGUACCCGCAGCCCGAGAAAACGCCAGGCUCUGAUGAAGAACCUGAAAAGAUUUCGGACCGUUUUCAGGAGGUGGUCAAGCCUAUUGCUGAUCGCGCACGGAGGACAUCCGAGCGCACUGCGAAGGAACUCGAAAGCAUGACGAAGCGUUUCGGGGAGACGGUGUCGUACUACGGAGAGGACCCCUCGAGCCUGGACUCUGGUCCGGACGCGUUUUUCUCGAUAUUCUAUUCGUUUGCCAAGGUGCUGCAGUCAGCCGACCGUGACAAUGAGCGUAAGCGCAUUGCCGAGGAGCGGAAGAUUCGUCGGGAGGAGGAGACCAAGAAGCGCCUCGAGCAGCUCAAGCUCAAGAAGAAGAAGAGCAGCUUUGCAACGCUAAAGACUGGAGACGUGGACGACAUUGUGUCCAAGAUCCGUGCGAAACGUGUCGAGGAGAAGCGGCGCGAGUUGUUGGCGAAUGGAUCGGCUCCUUCGUCGGCCACCGGGUCUACGCGUGCCCCUCUGAGCCAACCGCGGAGCGGCGGUUUACUGGCUGCGCUGGAUGAGCUCACGCCGGCCAUGGAGGCUGUCUAA